UAUGAUAUCGACUUACGAAAAUGCUAAUGGAGUAGCUCUGUAACCUCAAAAUUGACUCCCAUUAACGUCUAUAACAGCAGCAGCAAAAGUGGUGAAGUUCAUCGCCCGUCGUCCAUCAAUCCAUGAUGGCCUCUCUCCUCAAACCUUCCGCAUUCUCUGCAGCUCCUCUCGCCCUCCGAAACCCUAGGUCCCUACUCUCUCUCCACCAUCGCAAACCCCCCUGAACACAAAGAAACCCUAACUCUCUCUCUCUCUCUCUCUUCCGAUUAAUCAAUUAGCCCUAUGUCGCUUUCUCUUUCUUCAAAUCGACCUACUGCAAAAACCGCAUUUCCCACAAUCCCUAGUCAGGUUUUCCGCCAUCUCAGAAACCCUACUCCUUGUAACUGAGCCAUGGAUUUCCAAGCCUUUCCCUCAAUACCCCUCGAGAAAUUCAGGAGAAGACACAGCCUUUUCAAAAGACCAGAGCCAUGGCAAAAGAGGAUCCUCGAUCCAGGAGGGGACAUAGUAUUGAUGUGGAAUAGGGUUUUCAUGGUGUCUUGCCUUGUUGCCCUAUUCCUCGAUCCCCUGUAUUUCUAUCUCCCUUCUGUUGGUCCUUCUUUUUGUGUCCAAACAGAUGUGAGCUUGGGAAUUGUGGUCACAUUCUUUAGAACGGUGGCUGAUCUCUUCUAUUUGGCUCAUAUGUUGUUGAAGUUUAGGACUGCAUUUGUUGCUCCGAGCUCUCGUGUUUUUGGAAGGGGGGAGCUUGUUACAGACCCGGGACAGAUAGCGGAGAGGUAUCUUAGGUCAAAUUUUUUAGUGGAUCUUGCCGCAACUCUCCCUCUUCCUCAGAUUGUCACUUGGUUCAUUAUACCAGCAGUGAGGAAUUCUGGGGCUGAUCAUACAAAUAACACCCUUGCUUUGAUUGUUCUUAUCCAGUAUGUUCCUAGAUUGUUUCUUAUUUUUCCACUGAAUGCAAGGAUUGUCAAAACCACAGGGGUUGUUACAAAAACUGCUUGGGCAGGAGCUGCGUACAAUUUACUGCUCUAUAUGCUAGCCAGCCAUGUACUAGGAGCUUCUUGGUACCUCUUGUCCAUCGGACGGAUGCACACAUGUUGGAAAAUGGAAUGCAGAAAGGAAAAUGGCACUAUUAUACACAUGCCAAAAUGUGACUUUAAUUUUUUGGACUGUGGUAGUUCAAAUUAUAUGGAGCGCCAAUCAUGGCUGAACAAAACUCAUGUGAUUAGUAACUGUGAUCCUGCUAAUAGCGUUGGCACUUUCAACUUCGGAAUCUAUGCGGAUGCUUUGAUCAAUGAAGUGGUGCAGUCAAAGUUCCUUGAGAAAUAUCUUUAUUGCCUUUGGUGGGGUUUGAAGAAUUUAAGUUCCUAUGGACAGAAUCUAACAACGAGUACUUAUAUAUGGGAAACAUCAUUUGCGAUUCUCAUAUCCAUCGUUGGUCUAGUUCUGUUUUCACUGAUUGGGAAUAUGCAAACUUUCCUGCAAUCAACGACAAUGAGACUGGAAGAAUGGAGAGUUAAGCGAAGGGAUACAGAAGAGUGGAUGAGGCAUCGUCAAUUGCCUCAAGAGUUACAAGAACGUGUUCGUCGGUUUGUUCAAUAUAAAUGGAUGGCUACACGUGGAGUUGAUGAAGAAUCCGUUCUACGCUCCUUGCCCUUGGACCUCCGUCGUGAUAUUCAGAGCCAUCUUUGUUUGGAUCUUGUUCGGCGAGUCCCUUUCUUCUCCCAAAUGGAUGGCCAACUUCUGGACGCCAUAUGUGAGCGCCUGGUCUCAUCCCUGAGCACUCAAGACACCUACAUUGUGCGUGAGGGUGAUCCUGUAACCGAAAUGCUCUUUGUCAUUCGAGGUAGGCUUGAGAGCUCAACAACCAAUGGCGGAAGGAGUGGUUUCUUUAACUCCAUAACACUAGGUCCUGCAGACUUUUGUGGAGAAGAGCUUCUCACAUGGGCUUUACUUCAAAGCCCAGGCACGAACCUCCCUUCCUCAACCAGGACGGUUCGAGCCCUAGGUGAGGUUGAAGCCUUUGCUCUAAGGGCUGAAGACCUCAAGUUUGUGGCCAACCAGUUUAAGAGACUCCAUAGCAAGAAGCUUCAACACACAUUCAGGUUCUACUCUCAUCAAUGGAGAACAUGGUCUGCUUGCUUUAUACAGGCAGCAUGGCUCAGGUAUAAGAAGAGGAAGUUUGCAAAGGAGUUAUUGAGGCAAGAGAGCCUCUUUUAUAAGUCCAAGCAAGAGGGCUUGUCUCCAAGUUAUAAUGUGGGUGAAGUGUAUGUGACAGAUGGAUUUCAAAAUGGGCCACACCUUGGUGCUACGAUAUUGGCGUCGAGGUUUGCUGCAAAUACGAGGAGAGGGAUGAAUCAGAAGAUUAAAGCAGAGGAUCCCAUAGGGGAUAGCAUGCAGAUGCCAAUGUUGUGGAAGCCAUUAGAGCCUGAUUUUUCAACAUAUGGUGAUGAUGACAAUGAGUGAGAUUCAUCUGGUAAUGGGUUUUGGAUGUAAGGGAUGCAAUGUUAAAUGUUGGUCAGAGAGAGAGAGAGAGACCCAGUAGCACCUAAAUGAGAGGGUGACGCGGGCAAAGAGAGUGACCCAAUUUAACCUGAAAUGAGAGACGCCCAACUAAAGAAUAGUAGUGUGAGCCUGCUUGCCAAAAGGGUGGUUGAUAAUGAAAUGAGUUUGAAGACAUGACUGGUGGUAAUACAAGAUGUGGCAAAAUUUUGCCGUAGGGGGCAGAACAUGUUUGCUUUUGUUGAAGAUGUGCCAAAGUAGUCUAUGCUACUCUGAGGUCGGACAUUGGCAGCGAGGAAGUGAUGAGUGUUAGAGGUGGUGGCGAGAGGAGGGCAGGCGAUUGGGAAGCAAGCAUUUUGUAGCACUAAUUGUGAUUUUCUUUUUUGUAUAUGAUUUACCUGAUUUAUCAAAAAUUGGUUGCCAUGUUUCAAAAACUUGUUUUUGGAAUACCUCUAUCGCCUAUGUAUGCUUUA